GUAACUUGAUUAACCCCAAUUCCAUAAAUAUAUCCCCGCCAAUUCCCCCUCUCUAAUUCUCACUGCACUCUCUGUCUCUCAAUUCAGAUCUUCCAUUCCCCCAAAUUCUCAUUUCAAUUCGAUCUUCAAAACCCCGAAACCCUAGAUCAGAUCAGAUUUCGGAUUCCCAAAUUCGAAAGAGAAAACCCUCGAAACCCUAGCCUAGAUCAGAUCAGAAACCUUGAUCGGAGAUGCAAGGACUCCGGGUGGGUUUCCGGUUCCACCCCACCGAGCGUGAGCUCGUUGGUUACUUCCUCCGGAACCGAGCCUCCAUGGGCUCCGAAUUCCGGCCGGGCACCGUCGUUGAACGCCUUGAUUUCUUCGGCAAGACCGAGCCGUGGGUCAUCUGGGACAGCCACGGCGGUCCUGGAUUGGAGGAAGGAGAGUCUCUCUACUUCUUUACCGAGAGGCACAGGCUUCACGGCACCGGAAAGCGGUUCAACCGGAAGGUCGGGUCCGGUACAUGGAGCGCUCAACGCCCAUUAAAAGUGGAGCAGAAUGGAAUUCGAGAUGGAUGUGAAUGACUCUCUUGUGCUCUGCACCUUGAGGAAAAACCCGUCACCAGCUGUGGUGGUGGCGGUGCAGGAGAGCAACACCACUCGAAAGAGAAAUGACCGAUGCGGUAAUGAUGAUUCAAACGACUUGAAAAGGUUGAGACUUGAUCAACCAACCAGUAUCAGCACCGCUGAGGUUGAGAAUUUGUCACAUUCUGAUUGUGAGGUUGGGAAUGUGUCCAAUUCUGUUUGUGAUGUCUAUUUUACACAGUGGCUGCAGAUGGUUUUGGAUGAGGAUCCCAUCAGCGAUGCCUUGUUGGAUGAGUGUCUUGGAGGUACUUCUGGUUUGCCUUCUAUUAAUGAUCCUAGUCUCUUUGAUGAUACUAAUGAUGCAAAUGCAGAUUCCUUCUCACUCAUAAACUGAUAGUGAUAUUCUUGUUGGGCUGUAUGUGGUUCUUUUCAUUCUUUGGCAUACUUUGAUUCUUAAUUAGAGAUGAGAGCCUAACUGGAGUGUGAAAUAAAU